GAAGACAAGUCAACAGCAGUGACAAGGCAAUCGUCAAGGGUUACACACGUACAUACACGAUGGAUCUUACAUACAGACACCAAAUGGAUUAUAACACCGAGAGUCGGGACUCCAAGUUGGGGAAAGGGCUCCAGAGCGUCGACGACCGCCUUGAUAGCGGUGUGGAUUCGCUAAGGGAGGAUGUAGCUGCGGAACUGGAGAGAGUGCGCUUGGAUUGCGCACCAGCUCCGCGGAUACCGCAAGAGUGCUGCGAACCGUGGAGAAACGAACUUACCGAGGACGGAGACACGUUUUUGCAUCUGGCAAUUAUUCACGAAGCCAAAGAGCAUGCCAUGAAGAUGAUUGACUUGUCAAUCAAUGACCCCUUCCUCAACAUACAGAACUACCAAAGACAGACGGCUCUGCAUUUGGCGGUGAUCACGGAGCAGUCGGAGGUGGUUGCUAGCCUGGUGCGCGGCGGCUGCGACCCGCAGCUGGUGGACGACAGCGGCAACACGGCGCUGCACAUCGCAUGCAGGAAGGGCUCUGUCACCUGCUUCAGCGUGCUCACCCAAGCCUGCUCCAGCAGUCAGCUAAACGCCAUGCUCAACACGCUCAAUUACAGCGGUCAGAACUGUUUACACCUGGUUUCCAUUCAUGGCUUUCUUUCGCUGGUUGAGAGACUGGUUGAGCUGGGAGCUGACAUCAAUGCAAAGGAGCGCAACAAUGGCAGGACGGCGCUUCACCUGGCGGUGGACCUGCAGAACGAGGCCCUGGUGCGGCUGCUCAUCGGCAAGGGGGCGGACGUCAACAGCCUGACAUACGGCGGCCACACGGCCUACCACCUGACCUACGGACGGCCCAACGCCGCCAUCCAGAAGGAGCUGUACGCACUGACCGCCCAGCACCUCCGCGAGCUGCCCGACAGCGAGGAGGAGGAAGAGGAGGAGGACAGCGAGGUGGAGGAGGAGGAGUACCGGUCGGAUGAUGAUGAGAUGUAUGACGACAUCCAGUUGAUGGGAUAAGAGACUGGCAGCUGGACUUUGGGGGAAUUGUCACCGCAAUUGUCACAGUAUAUUUAAGUGAGCUGUAGAAAGACAGAAAGGUUUGAAUAUUGGAAAGCAUGUGAGAGGAAGAGAAAGAGAGAGAGAAGAGGCCAAGGCCAAGGCAGGGCUGGUCUACAGCAAACAGGCCAGCUGGGAAGAGCUGCCACUGGGACAGGGCAUGUCCAUCCAGGAGAUGACACCUGGUGAUGCCCGGACGACCAGACAGACCGCAAAAGCAGGCCCCAGGAACCGAAGGAGAAACCUGAAAGUGUCGGGACUGAGAAGCCAGUGAAUUCGCCACAACUGUCUGUGAGAGACACGUGGCGUCAUGGCUGACCUUUAUUCAUCAUCCAACAUCCUGCAGAAAUAAUCCUGUAAAAUAUUGACUGUCAUCAUCAUCCAGGAAUGUGCAAAGUGCAGUGUAUAAUGAUGUAUAUUGUGUAAAGAAGCAGAUUUAUUUUUAUAAAACAUGGAUGUAUAUGUGUACAAAGAUCCUUUUUUGUUGGGGGAGAGGGGAGGGUGAAGAGAUGUUAUGAUGUUCCAAAGUUACGUCUGUGAAGAGUACCCACCACCCACCCACCACACUCCCGUUAAAUUAAAAAAGCAACAAACCUCAA